AUGAUCAAAAGGUUUAUUAGAAACAUAUCUCUGUGGAAUCUGUCUGAAGUUAUUAUUGAUAGGAAAUCAAGGUUUCAAGGUCGAUGUGUUUCAAUUAAACAUGAAAAUGAAAUUUCUGGAAUUCUUGAAGAAUUACUAAAGACUAAUAAACAAUUGACAAGGGCAAGUCAUCCUCAUAUUUACGCAUGGAGAAGCAAAAUUGUAGAUAAAAAUGAUGAUGUAGGAAAAUUUGUACAAGGAUUCAACGAUAAUGGAGAAAGUGGUGCAGGUAUUAAAUUGUUAGAGCAAGCACUUGUUCAAAAUAAUGUUGAAAACGUCUUAGUAAUAGUUACAAGAUGGAUGGAUGGAAAUUCUAUUGGGCCAUCUAGAUUUAGACAUAUUGUUAAUUGUGGAUUGGAUAGCUUGAGAAUUGGAGGGUAUGUAGAAAGUAAGCAAAAAAACAAGAAGAAAAAGGGGUAG